AUGGGGAAGCUCUUCUUAUGGACCCUUGGUGCCCUGGCUGGCUUUGCCUGUGCCCACGACUCGUCCAUAACCACUCCUCCUAAUGCCCUCCUGCCCCGAGCCACGUCGACGAACACCGCAUGCGCACUGGCAUCGAGUGCUGCGUAUUCAUAUCUCGUGAAUGAAGAGGAGGCAACUACUGCCCGCAUUCCUGCAAAACUUGCCUACAACUGUUUGAAGUCGAUCCCCAACCACAAAGAGCCGGCGAUCAGCCUCUUGAACUCGUUACGGACGUACAUCGAGUUUCAGAGUACCAAAGAAUACCUGCGAGACCCGCCCCCAGGCUACCUUCUUCCAGCUGUGGACAUCGAUGCGGGAUUGGAUGGCAUACAACAAAAGCUGCAGGCGGAUGGAUAUGAGAGCGAAUAUGAUUUUCAACUAGAAAUCGUCUCGUUGCUCCUGUCUGCCCAUGACGGGCAUUUUUCCUGGAAUGGCGACGUUUACGGGCCCUUCACCUAUUUGCGGCUUGGUGGCGGCUUGUACUCUGUCUCUUCAGACGGAGUGGAACCACCGUUGGUGUAUCUCGCAGCUGACCUCACUGUGAGCGACCCGGACACCGGCAUACGUCGCCCAGUGACAGGAUACAGUCCCUCGCCGGUCCAGAGCAUUGACGGCAUCGAUGUGAUGGACUUCCUCUUGACCCAGUCGCUGAGUCGUUUUUCUCAAGACCCUGAUGCCCUGUGGAAUGAGGUGUUUCGAACCGCCUUAUUUGCAGACCCGUCUUUUGAAGUUCCGCUGUUUUAUCCUGGCCCUGAAACAAACAUCACCUUUGCAAACGGAACUACCAAGGCAUAUGAGAACGUCGCUAUCGUGAACUUGGAUCUGGACGGAAUCAACACAGGAGAGGACGCCUAUUCUGUGUUUUGUUCCGGGGUUGAAGCGUUAGAAUCACUCUCCGCAACAGCAUCUGCGACUGCUACCGCCAUCUCAAGCAGUUUGAUCACCAGCUCAGACAUCGCCACACCAACAGAGGCUCCACCGAGCUCACCCACUAUUCCAGGCUUUCCUCAUCCGGUGAUUAAGCAUAGUGCUGACUCGGUCGCCGGAUACUAUCUGAAUGAUACCGGUUUCACGGACGUUGCCGUCCUCCAAAUCCUCGGGUUCAGCUCGCAGGUCGAUGACUCGGCAGGCUACGAGAGAGAAUUCCAGUCGGUUGUGGAGAAAUUCCUUGCUGCGUCGGUCAAGACCGGUAAGAGGAAGCUGAUCAUCGACCUUCGGGCCAACCCAGGUGGUUUUGUCGACCUUGGCACAGACACAUUCGCACAGCUUUUUCCAUCGUUGACACCGAAUUCAAAAUCGAACAUGCGAGAUCAUUUGGGGUUUUGGAUCCUCGGAAACGCUGCGUCCGACAACGUCACAGCUGCGGAGCAAACCGUUGACACCACGGAUGAACUGGUAUCAGAAAGACUGAACACCCCGUUGGCGUACCAGACGAUUGUGACUGAGAACCAUACGAAUUUUCCUGAUUUCCAGACAUAUUAUGGUCCCCAUUUCAUGUACGAUGGAAUGUGGAGCUCCUUCUUCCAGAACAACUAUACAGAUCCCAACUCCUCGGACUUUGCUGGGACAGGUAUCAUCAUUACGGGAACAAACAAUCGGACAGGCUAUACACAGCCUUAUGCUUCACAGGAUAUUGUUGUACUCACCGAUGGGUACUGCGCGAGUACUUGUUCAGUGUUUGCCGAAUAUCUGAAGGCCCACGCCAACGUGCAGUUCAUUGUGAUUGGAGGACGGCCACAGACGGGGCCCAUGCAAGCAAUCGGUGGCGUCAAGGGAACCCAGGUCUUUGGCUACAGCCUCAUCGCAAGCUGGACUGACCUUUUCAACAGCCCAGCGAACUACUACAUCGAUGCGGCGAAUGGCACCAUAUGGGAGAACUUCACCUACGAACCCUUGUUUCGGGAAUUUGGGUUUUCGGGUGGCAAUGUCAACGGACGCAAUCAUUUCCGAAUGGACGACGAAACAAACACGCCCCUUCAGUUUGUGUAUGAAGCCGCGGACUGUCGGAUGUGGUGGACCAGAGAGAUGCUUUAUGAUCCAGUAUUUCUCUGGAACCGUGUCGCGACCGUCGCAUUCCAAGAACGCAAGGGGACACAGUUUAACUCGAAAUACUGCGUCGCCAAUAGUACCGGCCACCCAACCAGUAUUUCAGGCGGGUGGAAAACCGGACUGGGACCGCAGACUCCACCAGACAAUGCCAAAGCGACUGUGAAAGGCUGGAAGCUGACCGGCACUCCUCUUCAGGCGGCAAAAGCUGGCACUUCUCAGGCAGGUUCGGGCUCUGGAUCGGGCUCGGGAUCAGGCUCGACGACCGACCUGGGCGAUGCGGGUGUGGUGAUUGAGAAUAAUGCUGUUGCUGAUACCACCGAUGUCGACAGUGAGAAUCUGGCUUCGUUCAAGCAAUAUUGUUCGAGCUAUACUGGCGAUGCAUGGUUUGUCAAGGUCAUGUGUGGGGCGUUGCAGUGA